UUCUAGAAGGACGCGGGGCGCACGCACGUCUCCAUCAGCGGCUCCAGGCGUGGCUUUCAGAUGGGUGUGGGUCUUUACCACUGAAGGGAAGUUUGCUCUCUACAGCGAGUUGACUGCACGUCGUGCAUCAUGUUGUAUGAAUCAUGGCUAAAAUCUAAAAAAAAAAGGACAACUAUAGCACCAAGUGGCAUGGACAUAUAGUGGAGACUGUUUUUUUUAUUGUUUAUUAUUUGCCAUCUUUUGAUUUCUUUUCUUUUUUAUUUUUUUAAGGUUGUCUGGGACAGGACAACAGUCUUGGAUCAAGGUAAAUGUCACGUGUUUCAGAUUAAUCCAAGAACAAUGGGCCUCCUGCAGCUCCUGAAAUCCCAGUUUCUGUGCCACCUGAUCAUCUGCUAUGUGUUCCUGGUCAGUGGCCUCAUCAUCAACCUGUUGCAGGUCUGUACUUUACCUCUGUGGCUAGUGAAUAAGCAGCUGGCCCGCAGGAUCAACAUCAGACUGGGAUACUGCGUUAGCAGCCAGAUGGUAGCUGCCUUGGAGUGGUGGUCUGGGACAGAAUGCUCGCUCUACACAGACCCAAAGAGUUACCCACUGUAUGGAAAUGAGAAUGCCAUUGUGGUUCUCAACCACAGUUUUGAGAUAGACUUCCUGUGUGGUUGGACCUUCUGUGAAAGAUUUGGAGUUCUUGGGAGCUCAAAAGUAUUGGCCAAAAAAGAGUUAAGUUAUGUACCUGUUAUUGGCUGGAUGUGGUACUUCCUGGAGAUAGUCUUCUGCAAGAGAAAGUGGGAGGAGGACCGUAGGACGGUGGCUCAGAGUCUUCAGAACCUGCAGGAUUACCCAGAAAACUUUUGGUUCUUGCUUUACUGCGAAGGUACACGUUUGACACCAAAGAAGCACCAGAUCAGCAUGCAGGUGGCUGAGAGCAAAGGUUUACCCAAACUGAAGUAUCAUCUUCUUCCCAGGACCAAAGGAUUCUGGGUAACUGUUCAAAACCUCAGAGGAAAUGCUGCAGCUGUUUAUGAUUCCACACUGAACUUCAGAAACAACGAAACGCCUACCCUGCUUGGAAUUCUUAAUGGGAAGAAAUAUCACGCCGACUUGUAUGUGAGGAGAAUCCCUCUGGAUUUGAUCCCAGAAGACGAAGCAGAGUGUGCUGCCUGGCUCCACAAACUCUACCAGGAAAAGGAUAGCUUUCAGGAGCACUACACACAGACAGGGCGUUUCCCUGGCCCCAUAGUGAGUCCUUCACGCCGUCCCUGGGCCUUGAUCAACUGGUUGUUCUGGGCCUGCCUGCUCCUCUACCCACUAGGCCUGCUUUUUGCUCAGCUGAUCAGCUCUGGGUCAGUGCUGACCAUCUUAGCUUCUGUGGCUCUCUGCACUGCAGCUUCACUGGGAGUUCGCUGGAUGAUUGGCCAGACUGAGAUUGACAGAGGCUCAAGCUACGGGAAUAAGGAGGUUCCUUUAAACAACUAACAACCUCUCACCCAAUAAAAGCUGCUUGCACAGCUAACUAUUUGCAAGAUUGCCAGUUGCA